ACCCCAGUUAACAAUUUAUCAUGACUCUUCUGACACUUGAGAGCUGGCUUAACAUUCCCCAGCGAUCCCUUGAACUGGCCGCCAAUGCGACCGCCGACAACAGUAUCGUCAGCGGUGCCCUUUUUAUAGGCAAGGAUACCACCGACCCAGAUGCCGCCGGUCCGGAAAUAUUUGAGCGCCCGGAGAACCAUCCUGUUGCCGUGAGCUCGAUCAUUCAGUAUUCCAGCAAUGCAUCAAAUUUCCACCCGUCUAAACCGCCAAACGAGACCGCCGACAGUCUUGAAGAUUUUCUUAAUAGGAUCUCUACCUUCCCUGGCUUUAUGUUAACCAGCAGCCACAGAGAUGGAAUUACCCAUCAUGGCAAUAUCCAAACACUCUUGGAAGAGGUUAACAAGGUUUAUCUACAAGGCCAUCACAAAGAGCAAAAGGAAGCCACAAACAAGAUCUUAAGCGGACUGUUGUCGCAUCAACACUCUGACGAGCUCAGCUACACGAUUUCCCAUUUGGCCAUCGAAAACCUCGGUACCGAGGCCGAUCUGAAGCUCCAUAUGCUCACUAUUAAUCAAAGGGUUGGCCAUGAUAAGAAUGGGAUGAUUACGUUGACGCAAGAUAAUGCCGAUUUGAACAUCACCGAAUUGACGUUGAACCGCGGAUUUUUGGAAUCCAACGCCGAUAGGCUUGCCAGAGCCAUCUCGCGUGCCGAGAUUAAAGAUGUAGUUCAAGGAUUGACUACCCCUCAUUGUAUUCUUCUAUAUUAAAGCGCAAUAUGUUGGCUUGUUCUUUAGUAGUCAAUAAAACAUGCACCUCAAUUAUGCUACUAUCUUGAAUAAAAAAAAAGAUUCUUAUGCGAAUUUUAAGUGUUGGUCAAUUUGCUUGUCCUAAAAUCAAAUUUAGCCAGCCAGAAACCGGUUCAUCCUUGUAUCCUGUAGACAACAAGUAGCGGCAAAUUUAAACCGCACUUUUUAAGAAUGCGAUAUUGCUAUGCUGCUAUCCAC